AUGCCGCCGAACAUAACCGAUCCGCCGAUUGACCGUGACCCUGAGAUUGUAUUUAAUGCGACAGAGAAAAGUAACUUGACUCCCCAACCUUCAUCGGCAAAUAAAGAACACUACAAGCUGAACAUUUUUCAAUGGUCGUUGAAUCAUCUUGCCCAUAUCCUCAUAGGGAUGACUGUAGGAGUAAUGUUGCUCUUCGCGCUGCGUAACGGUCUUCCAGUUGGUGCUACGCCGCAGCACAUCAUUUUGUGUGUCCUUGGGUAUCAUCUACUAAUGGCCCAAGCCAUCCUCAGCUUGAGCCCCCACAACGGCUGGUCGUCGGGACUGAAGCUGGUGCACCGGCGGCGUGUUCACUGGAUCCUGCAGGUUCUCGGCUCUGGCCUGGCCCUGGCUGGCUCUUUCAUCAAGAUCCUUGACAAGAGUAUUCAUUGGGAUACUUUACAUGGACGGUUUGCACUUGUUGCCAUGGUAUUCACAUCAGUGUCAAUGGUCAACGGGCUCGCGUCACUCUAUGCCAACGAGCUCAGAGGGCUCCGCCUGCCGCCCAGCCUCUCCAAGCUCACCCACAUCUGCUUCGGUAUCGUGGGCUUCGCCGCCGCUUCCAUCACACUCUGCUACGGCUUGGACAAGGCCCAGUUUAGAAGCUGGGCCUCUGACAACUUUACCACGGCAAUGAUCAUCUUUGUUGCCACCUUUACCGCUAUCAUCAUUAUCAACCCAUUCAUCACCUUCUUUAAAAAAGGUCGUGGAUUAUUUAGAAAUAACUAAUAAGUACAAAUUUGAAUCUCAAC